AUGCUUAAAAAAAAAAUUGACACCAGCACUAGAAUUCAUCCAAUUGACACCAGCAGCAGAAGAACUCAUUCAAUUGACACCAGCAGCAGAAGAACUCAUUCAAUUGAUACCAGCACUAGAAGAACUCAUUCAAUUGACACCAGCAGCAGAAGAAUUCAUCCAUUUGACACCAGCACUAGAAGAACUCAUCUAAUUGACACCAGCAGCAGAAGAACUCAUUCAUUUGACACCAGCACUAGAAGAACUCAUUCAAUUGACACCAGCAGCAGAAGAAUUCAUCCAUUUGACACCAGCACUAGAAGAACUCAUCUAAUUGACACCAGCAGCAGAAGAACUCAUCCAUUUGACACCAGCACUAGAAGAACUCAUUCAAUUGACACCAGCAGCAGAAGAAUUCAUCCAUUUGACACCAGCACUAGAAGAACUCAUCUAAUUGACACCAGCAGCAGAAGAACUCAUCCAUUUGACACCAGCACUAGAAGAACUCAUUCAAUUGACACCAGCAGCAGAAGAAUUCAUCCAUUUGACACCAGCACUAGAAGAACUCAUCUAAUUGACACCAGCAGCAGAAGAACUCAUCCAUUUGACACCAGCACAAGAAGAACUCAUCCAAUUGACACCAGCAGCAGAAGAACUCAUCCAUUUGACACCAGCACAAGAAGAACUCAUCCAAUUGACACCAGCAGCAGAAGAAUUCAUCCAUUUGACACCAGCACUAGAAGAACUCAUCUAAUUGACACCAGCACCAUAAGAACUCAUCUUUCACAAUUUAUUUCGAAUAUCCACCAAAAUACCACAGGCGACUAA